AUGAGUACCGAUAGAACGAAGAAACGUUAUAGAGAAGGAGUUGCGGCGUUUCUGCGGUAUGCUGUCAACCAUCUCAAGGAGGAGGGUGAGACAUAUGAUGAAUUUCUUAUGUUGUGUCCGUGUACAGAUUGUUUAAAUCUCUGUGCAUGCUCCGUUGACGACGUAGAAGAUCAUUUAUUCGUAAAUGGAAUCGAUCAAACGUAUACUAUUUGGAAUAAGCAUGGGGAAAAGUAUGAGGCAAUAACUAGUAGUAGGCCAUUUAACAUCAACAAUGGUAUGCACGCUGAAUUUGAAAUGGGAACUCCCACUGAUGCUCCAGACGAAGAUUUUGUAAUGGGAACUCCCACUGAUGCUCCAGACACUAUAGAUAUGAUGCAGGCUGCAGAAGAGUUCGCAGAUGACCCUAUAAAGUUUAAAAAGUUACUUGAAAAUGCUGAAAAGCCCUUAUACGAAGGAUGUCCCAACUUCACAAAGUUGUAUGCAAUUGUGCAGUUGUUUAAGUUGAAGAGUAAGCACGGUGCAUCAGACAUGUUUUUUAAUGAAUUGUUACCCUUGUUAAAGGACAUGCUUCCCAAAGAAGGUAAUUUAACGGCGAGGAGUACAUAUCAGUCAAAGAAAAUAUUUAAAGCAAUGGGUUCAGGAUGGAAAGUUGACAGGGAUGGUAAAGUUUACGAGAAUGUUCCAGCAAAGGUAUUGUGGUACUUCGACAUCAUCCCAAGAUUUCAGCGGCUGUUUCAAUUGAAGCACACAACAGAAGAUUUGAUAUGGCACGAUACCACUAGAAACAAAGACGGUGUUUUACGUCAUCCGGCAGACUCACAUGCUUGGAGAGAGAUAGAUAACAAUUUCCCAGAAAUUAAAGGUGAUCCAAGAAAUCUGCGGUUAGCCGUUUCGGCUGAUGGAGUUGAUGUAAACACAGGCACCAAACAUCACAGUGGAAAGAGAACAUGGGAUGCAUAUUCCCAAGAAAUGUUUACUCUACGUGUAGUUGUUUUGUGGACGAUAAACGAUUAUCCUGCUCUUGGUACACUAUGUGGUUGUCUCUACGCUGGAUAUCAUGGUUGUGUGGUGUGUCGGAAAAAAACGCACAAUAUUAGGCUUCAUGACUCAAACAAGAAUGUUUGUGUUGGUUAUAGAAGAUUUUUACCCUAUGAGCAUCCGUUCAGAAGGCAUAAGGGGGCAUUUGGCGGAAAACAAGAGUGA